AUGGGAUCGUGCCAGAAGAUCGUGCAGCAGCGCCUGUCGUCGUCGGCGUCGUGUCUGACGCCCACCAACUCGCGUCCGUCCACGCCCAACAGCCACUUCGGCGGCGCGGCGGGCGCGGGUGCGGGCGGCGCGGGGCGGCUGCUGCACGCGUCGCCCACCAGCAACGGCUUCCUGGGCGGCGGCGGCGGGGGCGGGGGCACCAGCUCCUCGGCCGGGUCGCCCGCCGGCGCGGGCCUCAGCGCCGCCUCGCCCAGCCACGCCCAGCUGCUCGCCCUCGCGCACAAG